UUCCUCUGAGAGUUCAGAUGCGGAAUCAGAAUCCGAUGCUAUAUCUAAAACUCUGCCGGAUGUAGGUGAAGAUGCUCUUCGGGUUGCUGUGGCUAAAGAACCGAGCACGUACAUCUGUGACUCCAUGACAGCUCCAAUGCAGGAUGCAAAGGAAACAAAUGCAGACUCGGAUGAACAUGAUGGAAGUCAUGGAAAACGGCAAUUGAAAAGCCAAAUCAAUUAUUGCUUCAUUUGCAAGAAACCCCAAACAAAAUUUGCUCGGCACUUAAAAAGGCAUGCACACCAGAAUGCAGAUGUCGCCAAGGCGUUAUCACUACCUCCAAGUUCAUGUGAGAGAAAGAAAAUUUUGGAAAAAUUGCGAAAUCUUGGUAAUUUCUCACAUAAUACAGAAGUCCAAGCCACUGGAUCCGGGGCUCUAAAAGUCAAAAGAGAAUCUAAAACAAGCAAUGUCUCUGAGGCAUAUGAUUUCUGCACCCACUGCAAAGGGAUGUUUUCCCGUAGAGAACUAUGGAAACACAUGAAGCGAUGCCUGCUCAAUUCGGCAAUGACAGAGGAAACAAGUGCAGGAAGGAAAAAAAUUACAAGUUUGUCUAAAUAUGGAGCAUCUGAAAGUGUAUCUCAAAAGCUCUUGGCAUUGAUCGAAAAAAUGCAUAAAAAUGAAGUCUAUGACGCAAUCAUGAAUGACUUCUCUGUUCUCCGGUUUGGGUCAACAAUGUACAACAAACAUGGACUUGACAAGUCUAAACAUGACUACAUCCGCCAGAAGCUAAGAGAAUUGGGCAGAUUGCUUGUAGCUUUGAGAAAUACGUCAACUAUAGACUCUGUGAAAGAAGCAGUCAAACCAUCCAAUUUCAUGACUCUUAUCAAGGCCGUGAAGAAGGUCGCUGGCUUUGAUGAAGUAACUGGAAUCUACAAAUCACCCAGUUUGGCCCUUAAAAUUGGGCACUCCCUCCGGCGGGUUAGUGAACUGAUUAUGUGCCAGUUUCUUAUGGAUGAGGAUGACGAGGGGGUCGAGUCAAUCAGAAGGUUCCACAAAUUGUACGACACCCAGUGGUCAGAAUUUGUUUCCCACUCAGCCUUGACAAAUUUGAGCGAUGCUAAUUACAACAAGAGCACAACCAUCCCUCUAGCAGAGGAUGUUCAGAGACUUCAUCUCCAUCUUCAGCAGGAGGCAGAUUUGGCUACAGAGAACCUGAACAGUACAUCAUCCACAGGUACUUAUGCAGCCCUGGCUAAACUAACACUAUGCAAAGUCAUUCUAUUCAACAGGAGGAGGUCUGGUGAAGUCUCAAAGAUGACUUUAAAAAAUUUCCUGGAUCGGGAUAACUCAAAAAUCAACGACGACAUAACCACAGGACUGAACAAAAUCGAGAAGAGACUUUGUCAGCAGCUCAAUAGAGUCGAAUUGAAGGGGAAAAGGGGACGCAAAGUCGCGGUCCUCCUCACACCCGACAUGACUGCUUCAUUAACUCUCCUUGUCAGCAAAAGGAAAGAGUGUGGAGUCGAUGAUGGCAAUGGACACCUCUUUGCAAUUCCCCACUGUCAAGGUUUCUUCAGAGGACAAGACUGCCUCCGUAAAAAUGCUCGAGCUUGUGGAGCUGUUAACCCGUGCAGUUUGACCUCAACUAAUCUACGCAAGCAUAUUGCGACAAUUAGUCAGGUCAUGAAUCUAAAAGACAAUGAAUUGGACCAGCUUGCAAACUUCUUAGGCCAUGACAUACGGGUGCAUCGGGAAUACUACCGCUUGCCCCAGUCGACGAUUCAGCUUGCAAAAAUAUCUAAGCUGCUGAUUGCCAUGCAGGGCGGGAGUGUGAAAGACAUCCAAGGGAAGUCACUCGACCAGAUAGGCGAUGACGUAGAAGAUUUUGCCCCUACUCCCAAUCAUCCUGGUCCUCUUCCUGGAACUGGCAUCCAAGGUGGCGUGGAAGAUUUCGCCCCUGCUCCCAAUCAUCCAGGUCCUCCUCCUGAAACUGGCAUCCAAGGUGGCGUGGAAGAUUUCGCCCCUGGUCCCAAUCAUCCAGGUCCUCCUCCUGAAACUGGCAUCCAAGGUGGCGUGGAAGAUUUCGCCCCUACUCCCAAUCAUCCAGCUCCUCCUCCUGAAACUGGCAUCCAAGGUAAACACAUUCCAUCUGAGAGGAGGCGCUGUGUUAAGAGACCGUGGUCAGGCACUGAAGCAAAGGCUGUGAUGAGGCACAUGGAGCCAUACGUUCGCAACGGACUUCUCGUCACGAGCGCUCAAUGUGCCAUGUGCAAAAAAAAAGAACACCCCGCAUUGGAAGGACGCACAAUUCAAAACAUUCGCGAUUUUGUGAGAAAUAAUGGCCAAAAGAAAAAAAAAAAGUAGUAUUCAGUAUUCACCCAUGGAAUUGUCAACACUACUGUCCUUGAAAUAAAGGCCUAAAGAAUAAAAAAAGAU